UAUUACCCACAAAUAUAUAUAUGUGUGUGUAUAUAUAUAUACAUAUAUCUAUAUUUAUUUGUAGUGUUGUAUCUAGAUGCAUGUAGCUCACUUUCCUGUAGUAAAAUUUUAAUCAACGCGUGGCCUGUUGAAAGCCUCUGAUCUUUGCUCUGAAACAGAGGAGGAGAGAGAUAGAGAGAAAAAGGGCAAGAGAAAGAGAGAAAAAGGCUUACCAGGUGGAGGAGGAGGAUGAGAAGGUUUACGUCAGGAGUUUUGGCAAGGAGGGCAUUUUGGACAAAAGUCUUUUUGCAGCAUGCCAGAUUUCAAACGGUGGUAUUUAAUUUCACGGUGGAUCUAACUGGUUAGCCGGAGUUUCGGGGGACACAACCAUCUCUGAUCUGGUAGAGAAUUUUCUUCAAAGAAAAUGAAGUGUAUGAAAUCAAUUUAAUUGGGAAGGGUUGUGAGUGCUACUAGCUUCAAAGUCAAAUUUUUUGGUUCAUCAGUUGUAAUCUGACUGGUUGUUCCUAUUGGCUUGAUCAAGUUUACAGGUGUUAUGCCAGAUUCUUUUUAAAAUUCAUGGCUGUCAGAUUUGUGUUUGUUCUUCAUAGUCUGGAGUGAUGAUGAAGGAAUUAGGUUUUUUUUUCUGUCUGAGCCAAGUUAGUAACAUUGAUCAUACAAGUUGCUUGUGCUAUUCUGCAUGACUGCUGGGGUUGAUUGGCAUCUCCUCAGAUUACUUUUGUGAAGACUGGCUAUGUAAAUAGUACUUUAAUAGAAUCUGUUGCUUCUCCAGCUAUCUCGAUGCGCAAUUAACAAUCAGAAUCUUGUGUAAUGAACUCUUUUGGAGGAAAAAAAAAGAUGGAAUUUGACACUUUGACGGACAACCGUCAGCCUAGCACUCUUCAGCGGCUAUUUCCAGCUGUUGUACCAGUAGUUUUUAUUGCAAUCAGCUAUGUUGAUCCUGGAAAGUGGGCUGCAGCUGUGGAGGGUGGCGCACACUUUGGGGUUGAUUUGGUGUUUCCAGUACUUAUUUUCAAUUUUGCUGCCAUUCUUUGUCAAUACCUAUCAGCUCGUAUAGCGGUGGUUACUGGUAGAGAUCUCGCCCAGAUUUGCAGUGAGGAAUAUGACAAAAUCACCUGUAUGCUAUUAGGAGUUCAAGCUGAGAUCUCAAUUAUUGCAUUGGACCUAAUGAUGGUUUUGGGAACUGCACAUGGGCUUAAUGUUCUGUUCGGAAUUGACCUUUUCACGGGUGUCUUUCUGACUGCUCUUAAUGCUGCCUUAUUUCCACUUCUUGCUACAGUCCUUGAAAACAGCAGAGCAAAAUAUCUAUCCAUAUGCAUCUCAAUAUUUGUCUUAGUGUCAUAUAUUUUUGGAGUAUUGGUUAGUCAACCGGCAAGUCCACUCCCCUUGGGUGGGACAGUGACAAGGUUAAGUGGGGAAAGCGCCUUUGCUUUGAUGAGUCUUCUUGGAGCAAGCAUUAUGCCUCACAACUUUUACCUGCAUUCUUCAGUUGUGCAGCUGGAUCAGGGGCCAAACAAUGUUCCCAAGGAAACCUUGUAUCAUGACCACUUUUUUGCCAUUUUUUGCAUUUUCAGUGGCAUUUUCCUGGUCAAUUACGUGCUUAUGAACUCAGCUGCAAAUGUGUUCUAUAGUACCGGUCUUUUGUUGCUUACUUUUCAGGAUGCACUGUCCCUGUUGGAUCAGGCAUUUAGGAGUUCAAUUGCAUCAUUUUGUUUGAUAAUGUUAAUGUUCCUUUUGAGUCAAGUGACUGCAUUGACCUGGAAUCUUUCUGGACAAGUUGUUGUGCGCGAACUUUUUAAAAUGGAUAUUCCUGGAUGGCUUCAUCAUGCCACAAUCAGAAUUAUUGCAAUCAUUCCAGCCCUUUACUGUGUGUGGAAUUCAGGAGCUGAAGGUAUAUACCAAUUGCUGAUAUUCACACAGGUUGUGGUCUCUCUUAUGCUUCCAUCUUCUGUUAUCCCUCUCUUCCGAGUAGCCUCCUCCAGACAAUUAAUGGGUAUCCAUAAAAUUUCUCAACGGGAGGAAUUUUUAGCUCUGAUCACAUUUAUUGGUAUGCUUGGUCUUAAGAUUAUAUUUUUUAUAGAGCUAGUAUUCGGUGAUAGUGAUUGGGUGAGUAACUUGAGGUGGAAUAUCGGGAGUAGUGUGCCAGUUGCUUAUGUUACUCUUCUUCUUGCUGCUUCUGUCUCCUUCUUUCUGAUGCUUUGGUUAGCAGCCACUCCAUUGAAAUCAGCCACCUCCAGAACAGAUGCUCAGGCAUUGGACUUGGAUAUGCAUCCUACUGUGCUAGAGUCCGGUACAGAAGGAGAGCAAAAUGAUGUCCUUGUACCGAAAUAUCAGAUAGAUAAGCCUACAGGCAAGCAAGAACCACCAGUGACUUUCGAGAAAUCCUUGGGUUCGAGUCGUAAUCUCAGUUUGCCAGAGACAAUUUUUGAUUCUGAGAAUGUCCUUCCUUUGACAACUAUUGAGGAGAAUAAAUCUGAAGUUACAAUUCCAAGUCCCGGCUGUUCUCAGGAGGCAUCUCCAAUUGUGCUUGACAGGAAUUUGGAUGCACCUAUACAUGGUGAUAUUUCUGAUGGUCAGUCACAGAAUUCUCAGGCCUUGAAAACUGAUACAACAGACCUGGCGGAAAAGACACUGCAAGUAGAGAGGGACAUACAGACUGUGAAGGAUGAUGGAGAAUCUUGGGAGCUUGAAGAACCAACCAAAGAGGUUCCCGAGAUGAACCAGUCAUUGACAUCUGAGGGUUCAGGAUCAUUUAGAAGUCUCAGUGGAAAAAGCGAUGAUGUUGGAAGUGGCACAGGUAGUCUCUCGAGAUUAGGAGGUCUAGGCCGUGCAGCAAGGCGCCAAUUUGCUGCUGCUCUUGAUGAGUUCUGGGGACAAAUGUUUGAUUUACAUGGACAAGCCACAAAAGAAGCAAAGGCUAAGAAACUGGAUCUGUUACUGGGGUUAGAUCUCAAGUUAGAUGCAAAGUCUUCAUCAGCAUCUGUCAAGUCGGACAGCAGUAGGGCUGAUUUUACUGGAUGUUUUCCAUCUUUGAGUGGACAGGGAUCUGAUUCUUUGAUCAGUUCAAGUUUAUAUAACUCUCCAAGACAGCAGAUGGGGCAAAGUCUGAUUGAGCCUUCCUUUGGGGUUCAGAGGGGUUCCUCUCCCUUGUUGUCAUCGCCUGUGCAACUUUUAGGUGCAUAUGUGCGGAACUCCAGUCGCAACACUCAUGACUCUGGUGAAAGGCGAUAUUCUAGCAUGCAUAUUCCUGCAUCCUCAGAUGGCUAUGACCAACAGCCGGUUACUGUUCAUGGGCAUGAGCUUGCCUCUUAUCUCAAUUGGAUAGCAAAGGAAACAGGUUCCGGGAUAUUGAAUGGUCAAAUGGAGUCACCAGCACCAAUAUCCACGUCCUCUAUGUCGUCAUCUUUCAGAGAGUCAUUUGCUCGUCCUGUAGGAAAGAGACCCCAGAAUGGGAUGAGUAUCUCAAGGCCGCCUGGUUUUCACAACGUCUCUGUUUCUAGGAAUAAUUUUUUGCAGUCAGAGAGAUCAAUGUACGACGUUACUUCCCCAAAACCUACUGAAAACCCAAAUAGUUCAAUCAAUUUGAAGAAAUUUUACAGCUUGCCCGAUAUAUCUGGUUUUCGAGUACCCUAUCAAGAGUCUACAUUAUCAGAUAAGAGUGGUAAAUGGGAUAAUUCAAUGGUAAAUGCGCAGUCAGUUGGGUCAACCUAUGAUAGAACCUCUUUGACUGUUUCGUCACGGACAGAAGCUCCUCCAGGAUUUCAUGGACGUUCUCCCUCAAAAGUUUGUAGAGAGCCUUUUUCUUUACAAUUCAGCUCAAGAUCAAGCACUGGGUCUCUUUGGUCUAGACAGCCUUAUGAACAGUUUGGUGUGGCUGAUAGAACUCAUGCUGAAGGUGAACAGGUGAAAGGUUCAUAUGCUCAAGAGUCUGCCUCUGCAAUUGAUUUUGAAGCAAGGCUUCUUCAGUCCUUCAGACAUAGUGUCGUGAAACUUCUGAAACUGGAAGGAUCUGAUUGGUUGUUUAGACAGAAUGGUGGGGCUGAUGAGGAUCUUAUUGACCGUGUAGCUGCAAGGGAAAAAUUCCUGUAUGAAGCUGAGACCGUGCCGAUGAAUUGGCCAAGUAAUGUUGGUGAAGCUCAAUUUUACUCUGAUAGGAAGUCUGGUUCUGCAGUUAAAAGUGAUGACACAGAUUAUACCAAGUUCUCAGUAACAUCAGUUCCACACUGUGGAGAGGAUUGUGUUUAUAAGGUAGAUCUGAUAAUUAGUUUUGGCGUAUGGUGCAUUCAUCGGAUAUUUGAGCUGUUGCUUAUGGAAAGCAGGCCAGAGCUUUGGGGAAAAUAUACUUACGUACUGAAUCGCCUCCAGGGGAUUGUUGUUCUGGCAUUUUUUAGGCCUCGUACGCCAAUGACUCCCUGCUUUUGCCUUCAACUCCCAGCUGGAUGGCAGCAGAAAUCAAGUCCACCAAUUUCGAAUGGAAGCUUGCCCCCACCUGCAAAACAGAGCAGGGGGAAAUGCACGACUGCAGCAUCACUUUUGGACAUAAUAAAGGAUAUUGAAGUUGCCAUCUCUUGUCGGAAGGGACGAACAGGGACUGCAGCUGGUGAUGUUGCUUUCCCUAAAGGGAAAGAAAAUUUGGCAUCAGUUCUCAAACGGUACAAACGUCACUUAUCAAAUAAGCCAAUUGGAUCCCAGGAUGGUGGAUCUGGUUCACGCAAGGUGUCAUCAUCCUUAUAUUAUGGUUUAUAGCCCUUGUUUUCAGUUCAUGGCAACUUGGUGUAUGAUAUUUAGGUUGCUCAAUUCGAAAUGCCUCUAUCCUUAAACAUGAGUGGUCCUUGGUUGCUGUGAACUUUUUCUUGCGCUCCCUCCUCCCUCCAUGUGCAUUUGUAUCUUUGAUGAUGCUGCUUCGGUUUUUCUUGCAAGUCAAUGUAUACAUAGGAUAAAGUGUGUUAAA